AAUUUUGAAGUGAAAAAUAGGGGUGAAAUUUGAUAAGCUCCUUCAAUAGGACCCCUCCCCCUACCUUGCUCCACUCUCAGCCCCCCAUUUUCCAGCAACUAGGGUUUUUGCCCCUUUUCUUUUACUGAGGGAGUUAGAGUUGUCCAAUUCUUACCCAUUUCCUGUUUUUACUGUUGUCAUCACCACAUGGUUUUAUUUAACAUUUUCUUAAAAAAAGUGGAGACAGAAAAGAUUGAGUCUUUCUUGUAAACCAAUAGAAGUUUCUGGUUUUUUUUUUUUUUUUCAUUCUUUAAGAUUGAGCUUAAAGAUUGAGUCUUUCUUGUGAACCAAUAGAAAUUUCUGGGUUUUGUUUACCAUUCUUGAAGGACUGAGUUUAAAGAUUGAUGGCUAAGACUAAACCUGGAAAGAAAGACCUUGAUUCUUACAGUAUCAAGGGCACCAACAAAGUUGUUAGACGAUAAAGAUGGUAUCUUUUUGGUGUUACUAGCUGUUUAUUUUGGCUCAUUGAACUGGUGAUUGUGUAUUGAUGAGACCAUCUGAUUCUGAUAAACCUCCAUACGUGGCAAAAGUAGAGAAGCUAGAGGCUGAUCACCGGAAUAAUGUGAAGGUCAGAGUUAGAUGGUAUUACCGACCUGAGGAGUCUAUUGGUGGUCGCAGACAGUUCCAUGGGGCCAAAGAGCUGUUCUUGUCAGAUCACUUUGAUGUGCAGAGUGCACACACCAUCGAAGGGAAGUGCAUAGUGCACUCUUUUAAGAACUACACCAAAUUGGAGAAUGUGGCCCCUGAGGAUUAUUUUAGCAGGUUCGAGUACAAAGCUGCCACAGGGGGGUUUACUCCUGACCGUGUUGCUGUGUAUUGUAAGUGUGAGAUGCCCUACAACCCUGAUGAUCUCAUGGUACAAUGUGAAGGAUGCAAAGACUGGUUUCAUCCCUCUUGUAUGGGUAUGUCCAUUGAUGAAGCAAAGACAUUAGAGCAUUUCUUGUGUUCUGACUGUUCCUCAGAAGAUGAAACCAAACGUCCUUUGAACUCAUUUCAUGUUUCACCACCUGAUGAAGCAAAGGUGGAGUCAAAGCGCAGGAAGAGAUAAAUAGCUGACCUUGAUGCAGUAUGAGGAGGUGCCUGUUUCUAUAUAUUGGAUUACAUGUGAAGCUGGAUGUAUGAUGACAAGCCUGUAAAAGCUGAUCAAGAAUCAUAUUGAUGAAUAAGAACUUUGCCUCAUCUUGAGUUGCAAUAUAUCUGUGGUUAGGAUCUCCUGAUCAAGAAUCAUAUUACAACAACUUACCCAGUGUAACCCCAGAAGUACGCAUAUCUUACCUCUUCCUUAAAAGGAAGAGAAGCCUGAUCGAGAAUCAUAUUACAACAACAUAUCCAGUGUAACCCCACAAGUACACAUACCUUACCUCUUCCUUAAAAGGAAGAGAAGCCUGAUCGAGAAUCAUAUUACAACAACAUACCCAGUGUGUAAUCCCAGGAGUACACAAACCUUAUCUCUUCCUUGAAAGGAAGAAAGCCCUGAUCAAGAAUCAUAUUUGUACUGUACUAAUUCGCUUAAAUUUUCCUGGGAACUCGUUGAUCAAUAGUGAUCUCUUGAUAAAUGUCCCUUGCUACAAUCCUUGUAUGUGGUUAAUGGAAGAUUGAGAGACUUCCGCUGCUGAAAAUGAAGUUAUUUAUGCUAAUUGGGCAACUUU